AUGGCACAAUCAGCUUCUCAAAAAGCUCGUUACUUGGCUGAUUUAAAUCCUCCGAUAUGUUCUUUGAACAUUUCUUCAAGUUUUACUAAAUUAACUUCACAAGAAAAACUUUAUGCUCAUUGGAUGAGUCAAGCUAGUUGGUCAGGUGGUAGAAUCAUCAUGAACCAAUGGACACCUUUUGCUGAAGAUAUUUAUGAUUUCAUCGUGACGGCUUUUUCUACCGCUAAUGAUCCUCAAAAACCAACUUCUUUCAAAGAUCUUAAACUCCGUACAAAGUUAAAUGAUGAACAAUGGAAUUAUCUCUUAGAUUAUUGUGCACAAACCCUUUCGAACCUUUGCAAUUAUAAAUCAUUUGGUGCUACCAAGUUUAUUCCACGUUGUGAACCUUCUGCAUUCGAAGCAUUAGUCUCAGCUUCUGAACGAUCUGGGGCAGCUAAAGAUCUUUGGAAAAAGAUAUCUGACACUGUUUAUAGUCUUGAGCCAAUUGGUCAUUUAGAUAUUGGAAAACCUUCUGCUGGUCAUUUAUCUAAUUAUUAUCCUGAUAGUCAAGAUAUCACCGAUGAAGAAAUUAAUGAAGUUCAAGCUCUUUGUGACUUUCAUCAUCUUAGUACUCUUAACACCCGCCUUAUCAAGCGUCCUGCAAACGAGUUUACUCUUUUAAUCGCUUCUUCAUCAAACUCAUUAGAUUCAUCUUUCCCAAGCUCUCCUCUCCCCUCCAAACCCGGCCAAAAAUCGCCCACAGUCCAUCUCCAAGCCGCCGAUUUCUCAGUCCCAAUGAGUAAAGUCUGUGAAGCACUCCAAGAAGCUAAAAAAUACUGUGGUACACCUUUACGAGAAACGAUGAUCAAUGAUUAUAUAGAAUGUUUCAAAACAGGAAACAUGAACUCGCAUAAAGAAGCCUCAAAAUCAUGGGUGAAAGAUGUGGGACCAGUAGUCGAAACGUAUUUAGGACAUAUAGAAGCUUAUGUAGAUCCAUUUGCACAAAGAGCUGAAUGGGAAGGUUUCACAGCUAUAGUCAAUAAAGAGUUAUCUUCUAAAUUUGAAAAGUUGGUAGAUCAAGCUGACGGAUUAGUUAAAACUUUACCUUGGGGUGUCCAAUUUGAAGUGGAUGUGUUUAGAAGACCUGAUUUUACUGCUUUAGAAGUUUUAAGUUUUGCUACUGGUGGAAUUCCUGCUGGAAUUAAUAUUCCAAAUUAUUUUGAUAUUCGAGAAUCAGUAGGUUUCAAAAACGUUUCAUUAGCUAAUAUUUUAUCUGCAAAAGCACCAAAUGAAGAAAUCACAUUUAUACAUCCGAAUGAAAGAGAAUUAUAUGAAAAAUGGGAUAGUAAAACAUUUGAUUUACAAGUGGCUAAUCAUGAGUUACUAGGUCAUGGUAGUGGAAAACAAUUACAAGAAAAUGCCGAUGGAACUUUUAAUUUUGAUCCGAAAACAACUGUCAAUCCUUUAACUGGAAAACCUGUAACCUCAUGGUACAAACCUGGUGAAACCUAUGGAUCAAAGUUUGGUCUAGUUGCAAGUUCAAUGGAAGAAUGUAGAGCUGAAGCGGUUGCGCUCUAUCUUUGCUCUAACCUUGAGAUAUUAAAGAUUUUUGGGUAUGAGAGUAAGGAAGAUAUUGAAACUAUUCAGUACAUGACAUUCUUACUAAUGGCUAGAGCGGGUAUAAGAGCAUUAGAAUGGUAUGAUCCUCAAACUGGAAAACACGGUCAAGCGCAUAUGCAAGCCAGAAUGGGAAUUACUUGUUGGUUGUUCAAACAUGAGAUUGCAACACUUGAAGAAAUUCGAGAUUCCACUGGAGCUUUAGUUGAUGCUUUUGUCCAUGUUAAUCGUGAGAAGGUUUUGAGUAUUGGAAAAGAUGUGAUUGGAAAACUUUUGAAUGAGAUUCAAAUUAGAAAAUCAACAGCAGAUGGAAAAGGAGCAUCAGAAUUUUAUAAUGAUCUCACUAAACCACCAAAUGAGUUUUGGUGCAAAGAAUUAAGAGAAUUAGUUUUAAAGAAAAAACAACCAAGAAAGAUCUUUGUUCAACCUAAUACCUUUGUCAAGGGAGAGCAAGUAGAAUUGAAAGAGUAUACUAGUAGUUGUGAAGGAGUUAUUGAAAGUUUUGUUGAACGUGGGAUUUAA